GUGGAAGUUAGUUGUGGGGACGGUGGCCAUCAUCAGUGGAAGUUAGUUGUGGGGACGGUGGCCAUCAUCAGUGGACGUUUCAUGUACCUUGCGUUGCAUUUUUGUUUAUGUGGGGUAGUAAGGAAGCCUUAGCUGCCAUUAAGGGUUAAUGUUGUUGCUUCUCUCACACCUUUUGGGUUUCUGACAUAACUGAGGGUUUCUCAUUAUGACUUUAAUUACAGCAUGUGUUGCAGAUGUGUGUUAUAUAUUAUGGAGACUUGCUCACAGAGAACUUCUACUUUACAUGAUACUUAUGGCAAAUAUUUCCUCCCUUCUUCCUUCCUUCCACUCAAGUUGAAGGAUGAAAAAGUGAAAUAUGAUUAUCAAAAUGGUUUUAUUUGCUGUGGAACCUUGUGUCUGGAUGUUUGAUGUGUUGCUUCUCCAGAUGAACCAGGUAGUACCAAGGACAUGUGUGGAGGAGGGGAGUUUACGUGUAACUCUCAAACUACUGGAGCAUUAUAGGAUAUUUUCAUGGUCACUCAGCACUUGAAGUUUCACCACACUUCUCUCAUUUUCUUUGUUAGCUUUUGUAUUUUUUUUUAAUUUCAGUCAUUGUCUGUUAUAAAUGAAGUAUUGAUCUAGAAAUCCUGAGAAGGACUGUUAAGUCCUUCUUCUCCUUGGGUCUUCCAUCAAGGUUAUCAUAUAGUGAGAGAGGUCCUGUGUUGUAACUAAGGUUGUUAGACAAUAAGAGAGGUCCUGUGUUGUAACUAAGGUUGUUAGACAGUGAGAGAGAUCCUGUGUUGUAACUAAGGUUGUUAGACAGUGAGAGAGGUCCUGUGUUGUAACUAAGGUUGUUAGACAGUGAGAGAGGUCCUGUGUUGUAACUAAGGUUGUUAGACAGUGAGAGAGGUCCUGUGUUGUAACUAAGGUUGUUAGACAGUGAGAGAGGUCCUGUGUUGUAACUAAGGUUGUUAGACAGUGAGAGAGGAUCCUGUGUUGUAACUAAGGUUGUUAGACAGUGAGAGAGGUCCUGUGUUGUAACUAAGGUUGUUAGACAGUGAGAGAGGUCCUGUGUUGUAACUAAGGUUGUUAGACAGUGAGAGAGGUCCUGUGUUGUAAGUAAGGUUGUUAGACAGUGAGAGAGGUCCUGUGUUGUAACUAAGGUUGUUAGACAGUGAGAGAGGUCCUGUGUUGUAACUAAGGUUGUUAGACAGUGAGAGAGGUCCUGUGUUGUAACUAUGGUUCUUAGACAGUGAGAGAGGUCCUGUGUUGUAACUAAGGUUGUUAGACAGUGAGAGAGGUCCUGUGUUGUAACUAAGGUUGUUAGACAGUGAGAGAGGUCCUGUGCUGUAACUAAGGUUGUUAGACAGUGAGAGAGGUCCUGUGUUGUAAGUAAGGUUGUUAGACAGUGAGAGAGGUCCUGUGUUGUAACUAAGGUUGUUAGACAGUGAGAGAGGUCCUGUGUUGUAACUAUGGUUGUUUGACAGUGAGAGAGGUCCUGUGUUGUAACUAUGGUUGUUAGACAGUGAGAGAGGUCCUGUGUUGUAACUAUGGUUGUUAGACAGUGAGAGAGUUGUCCUGUGUUGUAACUAAGGUUGUUAGACAGUGAGAGAGGUCCUGUGUUGUAACUAUGGUUGUUAGACAGUGAGAGAGGUCCUGUGUUGUAACUAAGGUUGUUAGACAGUGAGAGAGGUCCUGUGUUGUAACUAUGGUUGUUAGACAGUGAGAGAGGUCCUGUGUUGUAACAAGGUUGUUAGACAGUGAGAGAGGUCCUGUGUUGUAACUAAGGUUGUUAGACAGUGAGAGAGGUCCUGUGUUGUAACUAUGGUUGUUAGACAGUGAGAGAGGUCCUGUGUUGUAACUAAGGUUGUUAGACAGUGAGAGAGGUCCUGUGUUGUAACUAUGGUUGUUUGACAGUGAGAGAGGUCCUGUGUUGUAACUAUGGUUGUUAGACAGUGAGAGAGGUCCUGUGUUGUAAUUGGUGUUGUAACUAUGGCUACACAUAAAAUACAAGUUGUGUGUGUUGAAUGUUGAUCAUCACACAUCAUCUCCCAGCCAUCUAACCAAGUACAUCUUCCUGCCACCAUUGAAAAGGUGAGGGUUGUCGUGUGGGGAAAUACCUUUUCUCCAUCUUGGCUCCAACUGCCAUGGUUACAUAGCAUUCCUGGGUUUGUGAGACAUUCUAUAUAGUAUUGAUUAUUAAAUGGGUAAGUUUAUCAUCUGCUUCUCGUGUAAAUUUAUUUUUCUUUCUGGCUUUGUUCAUUUGGGUCAUCCUUUUGAAAUUUUCUUCUUGUCAUUCUGUGUUUACUGUAUAUUCUAAUCCUUUCCCUGUGCUUUGUCUAUAGGAAUGUUGUCAUUCAAAGUGUGGCCUUCCCAUCUCUGAUUUAAUAUUGAAAAGUAGUUCUGAUGUUCCUAUAAUGUCAACACCAGGUAAGGAUUGUCUCCCUGUUCUUAGUGAGAAGCAUGAAGCAUCUGUAUGUUGAGUGUUUCAUGUCCUGCCAUUUAUUUCAGGUACUUUUGCCAUCGUGGGAAUUUUCAGUUCAAUGUGUGUGUUACUUAUCCAUGCAUUUUAUUAUAUGUUAGUUGUCAUCUGAUUUUAUUGUGUUAAUGGAUGCUGCUUUUAAUACCUAUUAAUGUGGUGCAGUCACUUCAGUAUAACGAUGACAACAACAACAACAACAACAACAACAACAACAACAAAAUGGGUGGUGACGGUGGUGUUACACCGAGUGGAAGUGGUGGUGGUGGUGGAAAUAACAUUGUCACAGCAUUCUGCCAGAUGGGCGUGGCACCAGUGACUGCUAUUGACCACUUGUGUACUCCAAUACUUGGUCAGAAUCCUUUGUUCACUGACCCAGCAUCUCACCACCCUAGAGAUUCAUCAUCUCAUCAGCCGAACCCCUUACCUCACCAGUCUAGUCUUCAUCCUGUGCAUUGCCUGAACCCUUCAUCUUCUCAUCACAGUCACCACCAAGUUCCUCACCAGCCAGACUUCCCUUACGAAUCUCCGUCUCCACUUCAGGCAUUACACUUUCCCCAAGUAUCUACAUAUACUCAGUCACAACAGUUAUCACCACCCGUUUUACACAUUUCAUUUCAUAGCCAGAACCAUUAUAACAUUGCAGUUCAGCACCACCAACAACAGCUUCAGUAUCAUCAUCAAUACCAUGAACAAUCAGAGCAUCUACAAUACCAGCAAAAUCCACCAUGUCAUCCUCCUUAUUUUAACCGGGAACAAAUUCAUCAUCAUCACCAAUUUGAACAACAACAACAUACAUUAAAUUCCCUGCAAUUAGGACAUGUCCACUUAGCACCACUGACACAUACCUCUAUGUGUGAUGCAUCCUCAACUUUUUCAUCAUCACACGUACAUUGUGCCCACCCUUUAAGGAGCAUCACAUCAUCACCCCAGCCUUCACUGGGAGCAUCUUCCAUCCCAAUACCUCCACCGCAACCCCAGAAUAACCACUAUCGUACCCCUCCCCCAGUGCACCACCCUUCCCAUCCCCCGACCCAUUUAACUGUCCAUCCUCACAACUAUCUUCCAAAUCACAAUUCUCCUCACUCCUCUGGCCACCCUCACAAUUACCCCCUUUCCUUCCAUCGCACUCUCUCUCCAUCACAUUGUCACAACCUUCCGCCUCAUAGUUGCAGUCCAUCUCAUCAUUCUAAACCCCCAUCUCCCCCUGAUCCUCAUGGCCCCAGUCCUUCUCAUCACCCAAGCCCUCCACCUCAGCACCAUAGAGUUCAUUCAUCUCAUCAUUCAAGUCCCUUGUAUCACCAAGGUAGUGUACAGGUGUCACAUCGCUCCAGCCCUUCAUCCUCUCAUCACAACCACCACUCCAGACAAUCUCACCACCACCGCCACACUGAAAGGCACCACCAAGGACAAAGUCACCGCAGCAGUCACACAAACAAUCGAGUGUCAUUCUCGAGGGCAGCCAUGAAGCCUCCCCCUUUGGUGUUGGCAAGACAGGUCUGUGAAAGUAACCAGUGGUGUGGUGUAAGGUAGCAACAGGGAAGGCUAGUCAAUCUUACUUAUAAGUUUCAUAUAACAUCAGUAUUCUGUAAUGGGUAUUGGUCUAAAGUUUAUUAGCGUAAGGUGAUUAAUCUGCAUGCAUAUAAAUAGUAAUUAUCAGUAGAUUGUGGGAAAGACAAGUAGAAUUUGUAGUGUUGUUGAAGGUAUAAGAUUGUGCACGUUCUCUCAUCAUUGUCAUGAAAAUUUUUCUUAAUUAUUAUAUGCAUUUUUUUUUAUAAUAUGAAUUGUGGUAUCUACGGUUUUCUCUAUUUACUUUAUAGUAGUUAUCUUUAUUAUUGAUUAUAUGAGUCCAUGUAAAGUGUUUUAUUUUAUGGAUUGUUUAGUAGCAUAUGUCUGGAGUUAAAUUUAGAAAUAAUAUGAAUACAGUGGUCCCUCGGUUAACGAGCACAAUUCGUUCCAGAAGGUUGCUCGUUAACCGAAAAACUCGUUAACC